GCCCUGCCGGAGGACGGCGGCAGCGGCGCCUUCCCGCCCGGCCACUUCAAGGACCCCAAACGGCUGUACUGCAAGAACGGGGGCUUCUUCCUGCGCAUCCACCCCGACGGCCGCGUGGACGGGGUCCGGGAGAAGAGCGACCCUCACAUCAAACUACAACUGCAAGCAGAGGAGAGAGGGGUCGUGUCCAUCAAGGGAGUGUGUGCGAACCGCUAUCUCGCCAUGAAGGAGGAUGGACGGCUGCUGGCUUCCAAAUGUGUUACGGACGAGUGUUUCUUUUUUGAACGACUGGAGUCUAAUAACUACAAUACUUACCGGUCAAGGAAAUACUCCAGUUGGUACGUGGCAUUGAAACGAACUGGGCAGUAUAAACUUGGACCCAAAACAGGCCCUGGGCAGAAAGCUAUACUUUUUCUUCCAAUGUCUGCUAAGAGCUGAUCUUAAUGGCAACGUCUGAUCUCAUUUCAUGUGAAAGAAGAGGAAUAUUUUAGAAAUUUGUUCAUGAGAGAAAAAGGAUAACUUUUCUGGAUAACUGGUCAGAUAACCUUUUAUCUAAUAGUAAAAUAUUUAAUCAUUGCCUUAGUAAAGAAAAACAAAAAUUCCUAGAAAAUGUAUAACUUCCGCCUUUUAUAAAGCACUUGCCUUAAUCAAGUGAAGCUAAGUUAGAGCCACAAGAUUUUCAUACAUUUGCUUCAUUUGAAAAGAGGCUUUUAAAUACGCACUUUCACAUUUUCUUCGUGGCACGCACAGACGUUAGGAAAUUCAAGUCAGAUAUUUGGUUAACCCAAAACGUGCACUUCUCUCACGGCAUGUCACACAUUACUCUACAUGCACAACUUACUUAAAACCUUUCGAGACACGUAAGGAGGAAUUCAGCGCGCCCCGUCAUCGUGUGUGACUGUCAGGCAGCUCCCUGUGGUAGAGUUUGCAGAGCUUGCCUGUGUAAGCCGCCCGAAGUUCCUCCGCGGUCAGGUCGAUCUUGUCAAACCCUGCCCUGAACCCGUAGAGCAGCAGCUGAGCCACUCUGCUGGUGACGGGGGUGGCGUUUUCGGUGCUGGCCAGGUCCGUGAGGUCCAGCCACUCACACCGCAGGCACUCACGCUGGCAGAAGUCGAUGCUGAAUGAACGUGGCUUCAGGCGGCAGAUGACGUACAUGUCCGACUUCCCAAAAGCUCCGGGGACGCCGUGCUGUUGCCGGAGGCUCAGGAUGGACCUGAAUUCCGUCCUUACACCGGUCUCCUCAAAGACUUCUCGGACUGCCGUGUCUCCUACGUGCAAGGACCACACACAGGUCAAGGAAAGAACACUCUGCAAAUCAAGCCACGGAUUUGCAAAUCUAAUCAAGGAUUUCAUUUAAAGUAUCAUCACCUAAAGGUUCAACAGCAAAACUUCACCCUAAGAAAGUGAAGUGCUCAGUGCAAACUCUCUGCCUCCUGGACAUCCUGCUAUACCAAAGGAUCUCCUUACAGCUGUCCCUCUAAGAAGCUUUUGAAAUAGGAAUGUUUCUUUGGCUGCUGCUUGGGGACUUCCCCACUUGUAUGCUUUUAAAGUCACAUAUUUUUAACCUCUUCCUGCUCAGUUUCCCAAAAGGUGAAAACAUAGGUUGCAAAGCUGCAGUUAAUGUUCUUACAUAUUUCUCCCGUAUUAUCCUGCUCCCGAUUAUCCACCAACACAGCCUGAACUUGUACCUGUCAGUACCAGGGAAAAGCGACCCAUCCUUCCUUCUGAGGUGUGGAGCUGCAGGAUGUGCUGAACCCUGAAAGAUGCCACCCCCCGGGCCACGUGGGCUGAGGGGCUGCGGGGCCUCUGAAACCACUCGGCAGAUGCGUCACGGGCCUCGCUCCGACCCGUGGUCUCGGUGGAAUCCCGCUGGGGAAGUGGGUCAUCGCCUUCGGCUGAGAUUCCCAAGAACUGGGGUUCACUCCUCCAACACCCAAACGCUGCAGUCGCUCCUUCAGAGCUUUUCAAAAAACUUGUGAUACACAGAAUCUUAUAAUACAGCAAGGGUUUUCACAUUUUAUAAGGUUGACUUUUCAGUAAUAUGCCAAUGCAUAGGGCAGGGUUUUAUUGCCAUUAACAUUUUUUGGUGGCUGCUUUUUCUAAAUAUCCAGAUGAACUCUAAAUUCCGCGAUGCUCUGUCAUUGUCACCCAGAGUGCCCAUGAGGAGCCCUUAGAACAGCUGCCUUCCUCCCCCAGUUUGCUGGGAAACGCUAUACAGUUGUAUAGAUUUUUCUUCAGAUGCCCGUUAGUGCCUCCAUUUACUUGUUUGUCAAACAGUAAAUUCCCUUUGCCUUCUCAGUGGUCUUACUGGUGAAGACUGGGCAAGGAGGAGGAAGUCAGGAAAAGCGUCCCAUUGCCGUGGGCUCGGCCGUAGACUGCCUUUCCUAUUCUCUGGGUAUGCUCCGUUUUUUCCCCCUAAGCUGUUUGGGGAGGAGGUGUGAAACGCAGACAUUUGUCUGCCGUUUUUAAGUACAUGCCGACUUCCAUAAUUCUCAGUCUGGCAUACGUGUUUGUUAUUCAAUUUGUUAAAGAUUGUGGCAAGAGUCUUAAAUUUUACACGUCAUUUGCUGAUCUCACAUAAUGAUUGUUUCAAUGUUUAUUUUUCUUUAAAUGCUCUGAAAGAUAACAGGCGGUGGUGGGGCCUAUUUAGCUCUUGGUUCCACUAAGAGCAGGGAUUUGGUUCCCAAGUCUAGCCUGUUCUGCAUCACAGAAGCACAGGGCUGUGUGCCAUUCCGCCGUCUGCCCAGCUCAGCAGCCACCGUGGCGGCCGAACCCAAACCAGCGCCGCCUGGGUGGCUGGUCCGGUUUAAGCUGCGUCAGCCUUUCAAUGACUAGGACUGAAAACUGAACGGGCAAGUGCGCGCUCUGCAUCCAGGGUGCGAGAGAAGCUCUUCCCCAGGGGGUUCGCCAUGAAUUAAAAUUUCUUAUCCGGA